CUAUAUUCUCUCCUAUUUUUCCUCUUAUUUUCUCCCCUUUGUUUUUGUUUUUGUAUUUUAAAGCACACUUUCUUCUCCGUCCUGUCCCCCCUCUCUCUCCGCACCAUCUCAAACUCUAUUGUUGUGUGGUCUGAUUCUCUCUCCAAAUCAGAGGGCGACCGGCGACCGCAAUCGCCGGAGAUUCGCCCUUGCUCGCCAGAGCAGUUUGUUUCAUGAUUUGAGCUGCGAAUGAUGAAUUGUUCUUCCCUUGUUUUCCUUUUUUCUGGAUAGAGUGGUGUUUGGGGAAAUACAAACAAACAGAAAGAAAAAAGAAUAUUCUUUUGUUCUCUUGUGUAGCUGGAGAUCGCCGGGAAGGCAAUGUACCGAGAGAAGAAAGGAGAUUUUGCAGCAAAUAUGCUGAGAUCCCAUCAUUUCUGAAUUCUUUAAGCGUGGACCGCGGAUACGAUUCAUUUAUCAACAAGUUUCGGAACGAGCAGUUGCUGAAUUUCGUGGAGGAAGCUGGGGAGAAAAAAAUUUUGAGUUCUGUGUGUUGGCGAAUGGUGUCCAAAUUUGAAGCAGGUUCAUCGUGCAGUACCUUGUUUAUUUUCGUCUGUUCCCUCUUUAUCAAGCAAAUGACCUUAAAUUUCCAACAGACGACGAGGUAUAGGGUCCAUCAAAGCCAGCAAGUGAGGAGCUUUUCGGUAAUUGUUCCAUUCCAGAGUUCUGGACUCUGAGCUGCGCGAUGCCUUUUGAAAUAAUGAACCAGAGGGGCAUAUCUGCCUCGUCCCACCUUUUUGAUGACAAUUCCUUUUUUCCUGAGAAGAGUGUUGGAUUGCAGAAGCCAAAAUCCUUUCAUGACCAUUAUUUACAAAGGAAAAUAGGAGCAUCGCCACAGAGCAUUUCAAGUACAUCGUCAUCUCUAGAAAUGAAUGCCAACUCUGGCUUGCCAAUUUCACAAACAAGUCUGUUGGGAGAAGUUACAGAAAAGCCGCAAGUUGGUGGAGGAGGCAUUAUUGACGUGUUGAACUCUACCAAGGAUUCAAUGACUCAUCACCCCAGAUCAUGGUCUACUGUGCAUAUGCAGCCAGAACCUACAUCUUAUAGUUUAACUGGAAAAAAGAUUCUCACUGAUACUGCUUCCCAUGAGAGCAGCCUAUUCUCUAGCUCACUGUCUGAGGUCUUUGGCCAAAAAUUGAGGUUAUCUCGGAAUGAUAUUCUGUCUCAUCAGCCUGUUACCAUUGGUUCCUUUCCUGAGGAAGAACCAUACAAAUCUCUUGAAGAAAUUGAGGCUGACACUAUUGGGAAUCUCCUUCCUGAUGAAGAUGAUCUGUUUUCUGGUGUUACUAAUGAGUUAGGAUACACUGCUAAUGCCAGAACAACUGAUGACUUUGAAGAGUUUGAUUUGUUUAGCAGUGGUGGAGGCAUGGAAUUAGAGGGAGAUGAACAUCUAAGUUUGGGAAAGAAAAUCAGCUGUCUGGAUGUAGAUUCCGGUUAUUUUGGAGGUUUUAAAGGAAAACUUCCUUUUGGCGAACAACCUUCUAGGACACUUUUUGUUAGAAACAUCAAUAGCAAUGUUGAAGAUUCUGAGAUAAAGGCUCUUUUUGAGAAAUAUGGAGACAUCCGAACCAUUUAUACAGCCUGCAAGCAUCGUGGGUUUGUGAUGAUUUCUUACUAUGACCUAAGGGCAGCACAAAAUGCAAUGCAAGCACUUCAGAAUAGGUCAUUGAGGUCUCGGAAACUUGACAUUCAUUAUUCAAUUCCAAAGGGCAAUGCUCCUGAGAAGGAUAUAAGCCAUGGUACACUUGUGCUUUCUGGUCUUGAUUCUUCUGUUUCGAAUGAUGAGCUUCAACAGAUUUUUGGAUUUUAUGGAGAAAUAAAGGAAAUCUAUGAAUCUCCAGAAGUAAAUUAUAAAAAAAAUAUUGAAUUUUAUGAUGUGCGAGCUGCAGAAGCUGCUCUUCGUGCAUUAAACAGGAGUGACAUUGCUGGUAAGCAGAUCAAGCUUGAACCUGGUCAUCCUCGGGGAACGACAUGUCUGACGCUUGAGUCUCACAAUGGCCAAGAUGAACCUGAUUUUGGUCAAAGUCUCUGUGACAACUCAUCACUAAGACACAAGGCAACGAUGUCUUCUGGAGUAAUUGCACCUGGCUGCCUAGAAAAUGGAUCUAAUCCUGGAUUUCGCCCUGCAAUACAGCAACCUAUUAAUGCAUUAAUUGAUAAUGCUUUCUCUCCUGUGAAUUCUAGCAUUCACAAAUCAGUGAGAGGGCCAACUUCUGGAAAAGUGCCUGGUGUUUGCGAUUCCAGUAACUUCCUUGAUGCAAUGAAGUUUUCCUCUGUUCCAAGAUUCCAUCCUCAUUCCCUUCCUGAUUAUCAUGAUAGUUUUGCUAAUGGUAGUGCUUACAACUUUUCAAGCAUUGUUGGCAAUGUGGCUGGCAAUAUUGGUAGUGGAGUGGCAGACAACUCAGAUAGCAGGCCCAAUCAGGGAAUGGGAUCAACUGGGAAUAUGAUGGAAUUUGCAGGAGCAGGAAAUGGGAACCAUCAACGUCAUGGACUUUAUCAUGUGUGGAACAGCUCCAAUUUGCACCAGGAGCCUUCACCAGGUCCCAUGCUUUGGCAGAAAACACCAUCAUUUGUUAAUGGUGCUUGUGCUCCUGGCCUUCCGCAAAUGCCCAGCUUUCCUAGAACACAGCCUCACAUGCUAAGAGCAUCACACAUAGACCACCAUGUUGGGUCAGCUCCUGUUGUUACUGCCUCACCCUGGGACAGGCAACACUCUUAUCUAGGAGUGUCUCCUGAAACUUCUGGUUUUCGUAUGGGUUCUCUAGGAAGUGCUGGUUUACCUGGUAGUUGGCAAUUGCAUCCUCCGGAGUUUUCUUCUCACAACAUGUUCCCUCAUAUUGGUGGGAAUGGUGCAGAAUUGACAUCAACUGCUGGGCAAAACUCUCCUAAUCAGUUGUCACAUGCUUUUCCUGGGAGACAUCCCAUGGCUUCUAUGUCCAAACUUGAUUGCAAUGAACGAAUGAGGAAUCUGUAUCCCCUCCGGAAAAGUGAAGCUAACAUUAAUAAUGCUGAUAAAAAGCAAUAUGAACUUGACCUAGGCUGCAUAAUGCGUGGGGAAGACAGCCGUACAACUCUAAUGAUAAAAAAUAUUCCCAACAAGUAUACUUCCAAGAUGCUUCUAGCUGCUAUAGAUGAGCAAUGUCGGGGAACUUAUGAUUUUCUAUAUUUGCCUAUUGACUUUAAGAACAAAUGUAAUGUUGGCUAUGCAUUUAUUAAUAUGAUUGAUCCUGCUCAGAUUAUUCCAUUCCACCAGGCUUUUAAUGGGAAAAAAUGGGAGAAAUUUAAUAGUGAAAAGGUAGCCUCACUUGCAUAUGCCCGAAUUCAGGGUAAAGCUGCACUUAUCGCUCAUUUCCAGAAUUCAAGCCUGAUGAAUGAAGACAAGCGUUGCCGUCCUAUUCUAUUUCACACAGAUGGCCCAAAUGCUGGUGAUCCGGAGCCUUUUCCCAUGGGUACUAAUGUUAGAAUGAGGCCAGGAAAAUCUCGCUGUAGUACUAAUAAUGAGGAGAAUCGCAGCCAGGGGAGUCCUUCAACUUUGGCAAGCGUAGAGGGAUCAACCACUAAUGGAAUAGAUUCUUCAUUGAGCUCUUCGCGGAACUCUGACUGACUUUGCCUCGGGCACUAGGCAUUCGAUCUUGCCGCUUGCGCCAUGAAAUUCAACAUGAAUCUGUAUAUUGCCUUUUUCUUUUUGUUGGAGGGAGAGUUAGACCAGGAAGUAAGGGGGCUCACAAAUUUUGCCUAUAGAGAGGAAGCCUUGCACAAGUUUUCAGAGGCUGGGGUACAUAACAAGAAUGAAGUGACUGAUCGUAGUUACAUUUUCUUUCUUUUAAAUUUUUGCAUGGAGUUCUGCUGCCAUCUUAUGAGUUUAGAAAAAUGAUUGGCUUAAUUGAAGCUCAAAAUUUUGGCUAGCUGUGAAGAGACAGUGUCACAGUUCGCAGUAGUUCUUUUGAGACCACGGUCGACGUGGGUUUCAAGGGGAAUUUGCUGAUUUUGUUUUUGUCAUUUUGUCUCUGUUCUCAUGUAAAUUUCUUGUUAUACCCUCAGUUAAUGGUCUUUAGGACGAUUCCUGAGGGAGAUUUAAAUUGCUAUAUUUAAUUCGGUGCUGCUAUACUCUUUCUGAUUUA